AUGCAUAAUAAGAAAAAUAGAUUUAUAAAAAAGUACAAUGCUUAUAUGAUUAAUUAUAGUAUUACAUUAAAACCUGUACCGGGGAGUUUAGAUAUAGUUAGUUUAAAUGCACUAUUGGAGGAUGGGUUAGAAAAUAUGAUAUCAAAUAUUAAAAAAAUUACAAACUUCACUGAUUGUGAUAUCGUUAACUUGCACGCAGACAAUCCGAAGUUUUUUUCACCAAUAUCUACAGACAAUAUGGCGUCUAAUGUCUCAGGACGGAAAAUUUUAAAUAAAAUUUGUAGUAUAUUAACAUCGGAUCAAUCUGUGAAUAUUGACGAAACGGUAUUCAAUUUUCAAGUGGUUAUAAUGCCUAAAGGUGGCAAACCUAAACCAUCUUGGGAAUACUUGGAUCUUUUUACCAAAAACAAAAAUGUGUAA